AUGUCAAUUGACGAUGACAAGAGAUCCCUCGACGUUCACGAUGCUCCCAUCGGCAUUAAUGACAAUGUCGACGAGAAAAAGGCAACUGCGGCCGAUCGCGCCGACAUGUAUCGGAUGGGCAAAACCCAAGAAAUUACGAGGAACUUUCGCUUCUUGUCCAUCUUCGGCUUCUCCAUGAUUCUAAUGGCAUCUUGGGAAUUCUCUUUGAGUGUCUCGACUAUCGGACUCGUCAACGGCGGCACUGCUGGUACGAUCUGGAUGUUCUUUGUGUGCUGGAUGGGAUUUUUAUUCGUCAAUACUUCCAUGGCCGAGAUGGCUUCGAUGGCACCCACGACGGGCGGACAAUAUCAUUGGGUUUCUGAAUUCGCGCCAUCACAGUACCAGAAGCCCAUCAGCUACCUCAUGGGAUGGAUGUGCGUACUCGGCUGGCAAACAUCAUGUGCAUCCUCCGCCUUCAUUACUGGCACCCAGAUCCAGGGACUCAUCGUACUAAAUCACCCAGACUACGUCCCCAAGCCAUGGCACGGCACGCUACUCACCAUAGCUGUAGCUGCGUUCUCGGUACUCUUCAACAUCUACCUAGCCAGGAAGUUGCCAUUGAUCGAAGCCGUUAUCCUGGUCAUUCACGUCUUCGCCUUUUUUGGCAUCCUUGUUACUCUCUGGGUUCUUUCGCCAAGGGCUGAUGCUAAAGCUGUCUUUACCCAGUUCAGCGAUGGCGGAGGUUGGAAUAGCAUAGGAGGCUCGACGCUUGUAGGCAUUCUUGCAGGCGUUUUACCACUGCUAGGUGCAGAUGCUGCUGUUCAUAUGUCCGAGGAGCUGCACGAUGCAAGUCGUACUUUGCCACGUUCGAUGGUCAUGACGACUCUCUUCAAUGGUGCUUUUGGAUGGAUCAUGGUUAUUACCUACUGCUUCUGCAUAGGUAACCUUGAAGAGGUCAUCACGUCUCCAACAGGCCAGCCGUUCAUGCAGGUUUUCUACAACUCGACACAGUCAGUCAGCAGUGCUACUGCCAUGGCAUCCGUCAUUGUUGUUAUGAUUGCCUUCUCCAAUCUUACUAUGGUGUCUACAUCGUCGCGUCAGCUCUUCGCAUUUGCGCGAGACCAAGCUAUUCCAUUUAGUGCUUGGUUCUCCGAUGUCCCAGCGGGAUGGGAUGCCCCCAUCAAUGCCAUUCUGGUAACCUUCCUAAUCUCAAGUCUUCUUUCCCUCAUCAACAUCGGCUCUGCUGUCGCAUUGAACUCAAUCACUUCUUUAGCAACAACAGGGCUUCUCUCUAGCUAUAUGGUCUCUAUUGGCUGUAUGAUAUGGCGGCGAUGUACAAAGAGCCCGCUUCUGCCAUCCAAGUUUAGUCUUGGUCGAUGGGGUCUUGCGAUAAACAUCAUCUCCGAGGCUUUUCUUGUCCUCAUUUUUGUCCUGGCAUUUAUGCCUGGUAACCCUAACCCGACGGCAUCACAGAUGAAUUGGAGUAUUCUAAUCUAUGGUACCGUAGCGUUGUCAUCUUUGGUAUACUAUGUCUUCCGUGGUACUCACCGUUACGAAGGCCCAGUCGCCUACGUCCGAAUGCUUGUGCAGUAAGGGGCAACAUAGCGAGUCACGUCUUUGCAAAAUGACCUUCUAGAUUGAAAUACUUAGUUUAGAUUAGAAUCUAACAAUUUCCUAU